AUGGUUGCAUCAAGGAAUGGGAGAUAUCUAUCAACUGAUUCUAAUAAGGUUCACGAACCCUUUAAAUCUGAUUCUGAUAAGGUCGAUGAACCUUUUAAAGUUGAGGAGGCUGAGACAGUGAAUGUACCUCCACCGCCAACUGAGAAGUUGCUUGUAUUAGGUGGAAAUGGAUUUGUUGGCUCUCAUAUCUGCAAAGAAGCUGUAGACCGUGGCUUACAUGUUGCUAGCCUCAGCAGGUCUGGCAGGCCAUCAAUAAAUGAUUCAUGGGUUAACAACGUGACUUGGCAUCAAGGAAACCUACUUUCAUCUGAUUCAUGGACGGAAGCUCUAAAUGGGGUUACCUCUGUUAUUUCUUGUGUGGGUGGUUUUGGCUCGCAAUCUUAUAUGUAUAAGAUUAAUGGAACUGCAAAUAUAAAUGCAAUUAGAGCUGCUUCAGAAACAGGUGUAAAAAGAUAUGUUUACAUCUCUGCUGCUGACUUUGGCUUGGCCAAUUACUUGCUGCAAGGAUAUUAUGAGGGAAAGAGGGCUGCUGAAACGGAGUUAUUGACCAAGUUUGCAUAUGGAGGAGUGAUUCUCAGGCCUGGGUUUAUUUAUGGAACUCGCAAUGUUGGAAGUGUGAAGUUACCUCUAGGUGUAAUUGGUUCUCCAUUGGAGAUGGAGCAUGGUUCUUCAACAUGCAAAACCACUCAAACAGAUUCCCCUUGUCGGGCCCUUGUUUACUCCCCUGUCAAAGUUACUGCUGUGGCAAAAGUUGCGGUAAGGGCAGCAACCGAUCCAGUUUUCCCUCCGGGCGUUGUGGAUGUUUACGGAAUAAUGCGUUAUAGCCAGCAAAGGGCAGCAUAG